CGCAAGAGUUGGUUGUUUUGUUUUCCUUUAGCUAACUUAAAAUGUAAUGCAUUUCCUCCAACAUAGAAGAACACUUAAUUGCCUUUCAUAGUCUCUUUGUAAUUAGUAUUCUGCACUCACUCUUUGAACACUUUUUCGCUUCAUGCGCCAUAAAUUUACAGUCUUCUCUCAAGUGAAAAUCUGUUGUGCUACAGUGUCCGCUAUCGGGUGGAUCAACAUUGUCGCUCUUCACUCUCUGCCUUGCUUUAGGGGAACAGCAUGCGUGCUGGGAAAUAAUACUUCAUUCGCGAUCUUUAUCAGAACAGAUCUGUAAUCUGUAAGUCAAACAUUUUAGAUUUUGUGUUGUUAUUGCGCCAUGGAUGUCUUUUGGAGAGGAUACAGCACUUUUGUUCUCACAACAUUUGUUUUUCAAGAAGUUACAGGAUUCCUGAUCAGGAAUGAAGAACUGAGAAAGUGUGUACAGGUAAAUGAAGGUCAGGUCAGCAGCAGGUUAACCCUGCAAGAGUGCAGAGCAGAUUCAGCUCUGCAAGAGUGGCACUGGAAUCCUGAUACACGCUCCCUCAGCAACCCACAGACAGGAUGGUGUUUAACUGCACCUCAGAUCCAGGAGCAUGAGAGUGUUUGGCUGCAAACUUGCAGCUCUGAGGAGGAGGAUCAUGAGGGCCAGACCUGGAGCUGCUCUAAAAAGGGUCUCCUGACGUUACACGGCAGGGGUCUGCACCUGAGCGUACGUCACGAUACCUCCAAGGUCUUCCUUUCCAAAGAUCGUGGGAAAGGCAGCAAGUGGAGGACGCUGGCUAAUCAAACGGUAUGCGAGGAGACAGACAGCACUCUUCAUGGCCAGAAUGUGUUACAAGAUUCUCAGCAGACACUUUCGACUGGACCCCGAAUCCUCACACAAAUUCGAUAUUGGCAUUCUGGGAAUAAUGACCAGACUUCAAGAAUAAAGUCCAUUGAAGCAACACAGACUUCAGAUGCAUCAGCUGAACCACAAAGUAGCAUCGAGCCAGAUGGACCAUCUGUUAAUGUGUUUACAACAGACUAUGGAACAGGCUGGAAAAUGACAAUGUUGCUUCUAAGCAGCUUGGCCCUGUUACUUGGGCUUGUGAUCCUCACUCUUAACAUCUACCAGAACAGGAGGAAGAAGACUGUGGUGGUGCUGAAAUCCUACACUCCGACAGGAGAGGCCAGUCUGCCAGGGUCCCCGGUGCCUAGUGAGAGAGCCCCUCUAACCCGACACCCAAUGAAAACUGCUCAGUCUCCCUCCAUCCAGCGAGGCGAGAUCCUUGUUGAAUGGAAAGAUGGAACAGUCACACCACUGUUUGAAACAUAUCUAACUGACUAAGUGGUGUCUUCUAGAGGAACUGGCUUU